AAAGUGUCUUUUGGAUUAGGGUUAUGUAAUGUUGGGUUACACUUGUAUGUCAUCAUAAAACCUAAUUCUAUUUGAAGAACUUUUUCAGAUCACCGAUAUGUUUUGAAUACAAUAAUACAUUAAUAUUGAUUUUUGUAGGUAAAAUCGAAUAGUUUUCGCUCACCAUCUUUGAAGCACCUCUUAUUUCGCUCAACUGCGUCUCGAAAAAAAUCCGAAGCAGACACCGUUGACUGCAGACACCUGUCACCGCCGCGGUGACGGAUAAUGCAAGCCAAAGUUGAGUGCUUAAAUAUUUUUCAAUUCGCUUCGCGCUGACCGCGUUAGCAUGCUGGUUUUUCUAAUCAAAACAAAGUUUUGGUAGUAAGCAGUUCUUCGUUGACGAAGAAACUAGAAAACUAAUUACUAAAAAUCAAGUGGACUGAAGAUGAACGAAGAAAUGAAAAAGCUUAUUGAUAAACUGCAAAAGUCGUGCGAGGAAAAUCGACAAAUGCUUAGAAAUAUAUUCGGCAUUGUAAUGAUGAUCUACUUUAGACUUGAUAAAGUGCGCGAAGAUGGAUCGAACGAAAAUUCAAAUAGUAAGCAGAUAAAUAAUGAGAGCAUACGGGGCUGUAAAGACGAAUGUGAAGAUGAGACAUCUAAGGUUGAGAUAAAAUCUGAGAACGACGCUAUUGAAUACACGUGCGAUUUGCAGAUUCUAGAAAAUACGCCAACUGCAGAUGAGCCGUCUAUCAGAGGAACUAAAAGAAGAGCGCAAUCGACCGAAGAAGAUUCCAAAACAGAAGACAGGUACAAGAAAUCCAAAAAUGAUGAACAUGUAGGAAAAGGACCAAAAUUCGUCGCAGUAGGGAUCGAAAAUCCUAUCAACAAUCAUGAUGGGUCUCUAGUGAGGGGUGAGGAAUCUUCGACUUCAUCUAGCGACGCAAAUCGAGAUAGGAUGUGGAAGAUGCACGAGAGAGAGUGGAGAAUCGAGUUGGGGAAACGUGAUGACAGAAAAUACAAUAUUGUAUUAAAAGGUCUUUGGGGUGAUGCAUCAGACAGGAGGAGACAGGCACGAAGAAUCCUCUCAGAAAUAUUAGGGAGGACAAUAGAACUAUGGGAAAUGAGGGACAAUUUUGGGUACAAAGGUCAACCGUACUUGAUAGUAAAACUGAGAAAUCAGGAAGAGACUGAUAAAGUUAUGGCCAAAAAAGAACAAAUGAAAACAGUAAACGUGGUAGAAGUUAUGCACGAUUUAACGCGUUGGCAAAGAAGAGGUCGAAGAACGCUCCGGCAACUUGCGAGGAUGGAAGGAGGGGGGGACAAAAUUGUUACCGUGGAGAACGAUAAGGUUUGGGCUACGCAAUGGCGGAAAAGUCAAGGCGAUCUCCAGGGAGAAGAGAUGGAACGUAAGAAACGGGAAAAACGAAAGGGAGAACUGGAACUCAAAACUCUGUUGGACAAAAGAAUUGAGGAAGUUCAAAACUUGAUUGGAAAACUGAAAGAACGCGAAGACAAACUUGUCAACGAAUUAGAGGACAGAGAGAUGGUGCCAAAAACUACUCUCGGAAAUCAGGAACAGGAAAAAAAGAAACGUCGAAAUGACCUCAACAACAACAAACAAACUUUCAAAUGAAUAAUUAAUGUAGAAGUUAAAGGAACAAUAAAAAAAAACCAAUGUCAUAAUUAACGUUCUCAUACAAAUUUUUACAUUUACCUACAUUUAGAUUCAUUUAGUAUUUUCGCUGCACAGAUAAUCUUUCCAAAAAUAUUAAUAUGUAUAUCAACUCAUUCGGCAAAUUGACGACAAAAAAAUACGUUCGUAUAGUUUCCCAACUUUAUCUCGCCGAUAACAAACGUAUCUACAUAUUCUUACUCUGCUUAAAUUGAAUUCUACUCUUAAAUAAUAUAUGAACCUAAUCGUAAAUUACUGACUAUUCUCCAUUAGUGUAUUAUUGACGAAAAACUGUAUUAGAAGCGCACU